UAAAAUAGCUAACAUGAACGCGCACAUCCCCAGUUGAGCCAUAACGCCGGUGCGAGUUAGCGACCGCAAUAUAACCGACCCAGAAAAAAUAGCAAUCCUCGCUCUGUAUUUGCUGCGGUUCGCUCUUCUGUAAUAUAUUUUUACCAUUUUAAAUGAGAUGUUGCGAGUCUGACUGAAUCAGCGGCGUCAGCUUGGAAGAAUAAGGGAGAGCUCAUCCUUAUUCCCAGGAGGCUUUGCACCCUGUCAGAGAAGGAAACUGGAGUAGGAAAAGGAAAUGGAACAGGAAGUUGCUCACUUAGCCAGCAGGUUUGACAGUAGGCAGUAGAAAGGCCAACUAGUGUCAUCUAUAACUUAAAGCUCUUCAAGAACGCGGAAGAACUCGGUAAGACAUUCAGAAGAAGAGGAAUACUAUCGCAUACUUGGAGGAAAGUAAAAAAAAAAAAACAACACAAAGAUGAAGUUGAAGGAGGACAUGUCUCCUCUCCUGCUGCAGGUCUUUCGAUCGGUCAUCUGGGUUUAUUCUGUCAUCACGUUCUUGCCCUGGUACCUGCUCUCCGGAGCCAGCGAGAGCCAGGCCCGUGCUAAACGAGUCAAAGCGCGCUCCAUAAGCGGGAAUCCGGCAGGGCCAUACCGAGCCGUGAGCAACCAGCAGAAGCUGGUGUCCCUGCUGCAUGAGGGUGUGGAUACUUUGGAUAAAGUGUUUGAAUACGCUGUAGUGCACUUCCCUCAAAGAGACUGCCUCGGCACUAGAGAGGUGCUGAGCGAGGAAGAUGAGAUCCAGCCUAACGGCAAGGUCUUUAAGAAGGUGAUUCUGGGCGAUUAUAACUGGCUGUCGUAUGAAGACACUUUCCAUCUGUCUCAGAGGUUUGGUAGCGGGCUGGCUGCACUGGGUCAGAAGCCUCUAUGUAACAUCGCCAUUUUCUGCGAGACUCGUGCAGAAUGGAUGAUAGCGGCGCAGGCUUGCUUCAUGUACAACUUCCCCUUGGUGACUCUAUACUCUACACUGGGAGGAGCAGCUAUAGCUCAUGGUCUGAAUGAGACUGAGGUCACACACAUCAUCACCAGCAAAGACCUGCUGCAGAGCCGCCUCAAGGCCAUUCUGAUGGAUGUCCCCAGGCUGAAGCACAUUAUACUGGUUGAUGAGAAGCCCACCAGUUGGCCUGAUCUCCCCAGAGGCAUCAUGGUCCACAGCAUAGCUGCUGUGCAGGAACUAGGGUCCAAACCUGAAAAUGUAAUAAAGUCCCGCAGGCAGCCUGUCCCGUCUGAUAUCGCAGUGAUCAUGUACACCAGCGGCUCUACAGGCAUUCCUAAAGGAGUCAUGAUCUCCCACAGCAACAUCAUCGCUGGCAUCACCGGCAUGGCUGAACGCAUUCCUAACCUGGAUGAGAACGACACUUACAUUGGCUACCUGCCACUUGCUCAUGUCCUGGAGCUCAGCGCUGAGCUGGUGAGUGUGUCGCAUGGCUGCCGGAUUGGAUAUUCAUCACCUCAGACUCUUGCUGACCAGUCAUCCAAAAUCAAAAAGGGCAGUAAAGGAGACACCAGUGUGCUCAGACCAACACUGAUGGCAGCCGUACCUGAGAUUAUGGACCGUAUCUAUAAGAACGUGAUGACUAAAGUUGAAGAAAUGAGCAGUGUGCAGAAAACACUCUUUGUUCUGGCAUACAACUACAAGUUGGAGCAGCUUUCCAAAGGAUACAGCACGCCGCUCUGUGACCGGCUUGUGUUCAGAAAGGUUCGCUCGUUGCUGGGCGGUAACACACGUUUGCUGUUGUCUGGCGGAGCUCCUUUAUCUGCAGCUACUCAUCAUUUUAUGAACAUCUGCUUCUGCUGUCCUGUGUCCCAGGGCUACGGCCUCACCGAGACCUGCGGAGCCGGGACCAUCAGCGAGAUGUUUGAUUGCAGCACUGGACGUGUUGGAGCUCCUCUGGUGUGUUCAGAGUUCAUGCUGAAGAACUGGGAGGAAGGUGGUUAUUUCAGCACAGACAAACCAAACCCACGAGGAGAGAUUCUGAUUGGUGGGCCAAAUGUCGCCAUGGGUUACUAUAAAAACGAGCAGAAGAACCGAGAGGACUUCUUUGUGGAUGCAAACGGCCAGCGCUGGUUCUGCACUGGAGACAUUGGAGAAUUCCACCAUGACGGCUGCCUCAAGAUUAUCGAUCGUAAGAAGGACCUGGUGAAGUUGCAAGCUGGUGAAUAUGUGUCUUUGGGCAAAGUGGAGGCUGCGCUCAAAAACUGCCCGCUCAUUGACAACAUCUGCGCUUAUGCCAACAGUGAUGAGUCUUAUGUGAUUGGGUUCGUGGUGCCCAGUCAGAAGCAGUUAACCGCUCUUGCUGAGCAGAAGGGCAUUAGAGGAACAUGGGAAGAGCUGUGCAACCAUGCAGAGAUGGAAAAAGAGGUUCUACGUAUCAUCACUGACGCGGCUGUAACAGGUAAACUGGAACGCUUUGAGAUCCCAAAGAAAAUCCGUCUGAGCGCCGAACCCUGGACGCCUGAGACGGGCCUGGUUACCGACGCAUUCAAACUCAAACGCAAGGAAAUCAAAUCACACUAUCAGGACGAUAUCGAGAGGAUGUACGGUGGCAAGUGAAUGAAGCCAGGCGGUGUGAUGUGAUGGGGAGGGAGGGAGGGGGGUUUAGGACACACCAUAUACCACAAUGCCUAUAUACAAAAAUUCAGCCCACAAUCCUCUGCCUUCCUGCUCCCUGCAAUGCUCUGUGAUCAGAACUGGGACACACUUGAUUUUGACGAGAGGGAACGGUGCGACAGUAAAUGCCACCUGCUGUAGCAGGUCCUAAAUAACACACUUUUCUCAGAUGAUAUACGAAAGAGACUUCUGAAAGACACGCGACACAACAUACAGACUGUGAGACUUUUGGACCCCAUCCAGUCCUUUUGCUUCUCUCUUCUUUUUGAUAGACACGCCCCCUUUACCCUGCCCUCACAUUGUUCUGCAGGCAGAUGCGCUUGAUGAUUCCACCCUACUGCGAAGCGGUCAUUGAAUUCUCAUCGAGAGUCUAUGCAGGGAAACGUUUUGUAAUUUGGCUGUAUUUUUUUGUUGCUUAUUUCUUUGUUAAUUUCAUUCAGAAUUAUUUUGAUCUAAAACUGCUGCAAGAUUUGGAUAUGUAUGGAAUGCUCCUCUAACUGUAUCUCUUACAAUGUUACUUUUUCUGGAACUUUGGCGUUUUUACUUGCCAUCUUGUUACUUUGAACUUGGGCUUCUGUUGUUUACCUGUAUCCAAAGGCUGUUACUGUUGCCCUGUGUGGAAUGAACGAUGCGUUUCUGCUGCUAGUGCACACUGACGACUGUGUACCUAGAAAAGAAACCAGAAAGACCAACCUUACACUCCAGACCAAGAGAGACCAGUAAUAAACCAGAUAUCUGUUCUGAUGUAACAAAAGCAGUUGUAAUUUUGCACCAAAGCGGUUACGGAGAGCAGUCUUAAGCCAGAGACCUGCUCUCUAAUACCACAAAAAGCUUGUACUGAUGCAACAGAGAGGUUUUUUUUUUUUAAUCCAAUUUCAGAGAUCUGCUCCAAAUUUUGUGCAUUUCUAUGUCAGUGAGUUGGCGUCUGGUCUGCAUCUGAAAGAUUCUCCCACGUUCCAUUACUCACAACUACAGGGUUUGCCUAAGACUCACAUGGGAUGUAUGACUCCAUAUUUACAGCGUAUAUUUCUUUGAACUAUGUCUUUUGUCUGAAUUUGUAAAGCCUUUAAAUGUAUUUCCUUCUAAAUAUGUCAUGUGGUCAUAUGAUGUCAGCCGUUGUGUUGCAUGGAUGUUUUGCAAGGGAACCAAGUGUUGGCGUGGAAUAGUUCGGGUAUCUUAAAUGGCCAUUUUUUAUUAUAUUGUGAUAUUAUCAUUGUAGGAAAUUAGUGACUUUAACAAAGAGGAAAAGUAUGAAUUUGAAUGUGCUAUAGACGUAUGUAUGCACAGCCCGGUCCCAAGAGCAUGAAUGUCUCCAGCCUCUUCGAUGUAUUGGAAGAGACACUAUUAUUCUGCUUUUGACUGUGCAGAUCGCUUACAUCAUUCCACAACUAAUGCAUUAUGAUUCGCAUUUGACUUUGCAUGAUUCAGGAGAUGUAAACCAAACAAAUAAGCACUGAAUACGAUUAUAUUCUGUUUGCGGACAUUGAUAAAUAUGACAUUUGCAAAAAUGGGGCAAAUGUUUCUUGAUUUGUACAUUAAUUCAUUAUUUAUGUGAAAAAUCAUUGAUUUUCAGCACUUAACAUUUUCAAAAUGUAAAGUUCAGAUUUUUUUCUUACGUUUUCUCGAUUCCUUUAGACAGUUUUGAUUAAUCUUUGAAACACUCCAGCUUUACCGUCACAACAUGAUACUCUUUACUGAAACUGUUUUUGUUUUAUAAUUUUUGUUUGUCCUAAAAGGAACUUAAAGGCAAAUGGUGUUCCUAAACUAGACGUGUCUGAUUUUCCUGUGCUUGAUGAAGGAUGUUGAUUUGCCUUUCUUACACAGUGGAAAUUAAAAGUGCUUCAUAGGAAUUUAUACUUUUAAUAAUUUAUUUCUGUCUUCGAAUUCAGGGAGUGACUCAUUCCCCUCUGAGAGCUGCUGUACUGCUCAUCUUGAUCGUGCUUCAUUUACAUUCUGUGAUGUCAUUUGUUCCAGCCACAAACAUCUGGCCAAUCAGCUGUUAGUCUGAAGAGAGCUCCACCUUAUUUUCCAUGUUCUGAGCCGAACUGUAAUCUAUUUGGUUAAUUCACCUGUCAGUCACGUUGUUGGCAACAGCUAACCCAAAUGAAUCCGCCUGUUAGAUGCUUACGCCAUCAGUGCCAUCUGUGUUUAACUGCAUCCUACUUUACGUUCUUAAAGUCCUUGAUGUUUGAUGGCUACACACAAGCCUACUGAGCAUUCUAGACACAAAGGAGGAUGUUUGGUGGAUUAAUUCUCUCUCCUUGUUAACUGCUCUGUAAAUAUGAAAUUCAUUAAGUUAGUUGCAUUUAGCAGAUGUACAAAUGUAAUAUCUCUUUUAACUAUGUUUGAUCUUGAUUACUGACCAGAUUUAGGAUCUUUUCUCCUCUGUGUGAGUGGUUACUGUCUUACAACAAGCAAGUAAAAGCAAACGACUUUAUUUAUUUGUAAUUUGGCCUUGAAACUAUAAGAAAUAAAGAUUUGUGAAUGACAA